CCGCCAUGAAAAUGGAGAUUUCAAGGUUUUCAAGCUUUCUCUUAUCAUUUUCAGCUCUUUUGUUCUUUGCUUCUGCAACAACAGCUCCUGAAAAUUUCCUUCAAUGUCUUCUCCGCCACUCUCCGCCGUCGUACCCGAUUGCUCCGGCGAUCUUUACGUCUAACAAUGCUUCUUAUUCUUCUGUUCUCGAGACUUACAUUCGAAACUUGAGAUUCAAUACUUCUACGACUCCGAAACCAUUCCUUAUUCUCACGGCUCUCCAUGAAUCUCACGUUAAAGUUGCAAUUCUAUGUGCUCGAAUUCAUGAUCUUCAAAUGAAGAUUCGUAGCGGUGGCCAUGAUUACGAAGGGGUUUCUUACGUCUCCGAUGUCGUCCCGUUCUUUGUUCUCGAUAUGUUCAACCUUCGAGAUAUCAGUGUCGAUGUCAAAACCAAAACCGCUUGGGUUCAAACAGGAGCCACCUUAGGAGAAGUGUACUAUAGAAUUGCAGAGAAAAUCAAAUUCCAUGGCUUCCCUGCCGGAGUGUGCCCGACGGUGGGUGUCGGUGGCCAUUUCGGUGGUGGCGGGUAUGGUAACAUGAUGAGAAAAUACGGUCUCUCGGUCGAUCAAAUCAUCGACGCAAAGAUAGUCGACGUCAAUGGUAACCUCCUCGACCGAAAAGCUAUGGGGGAGGAUUUAUUUUGGGCCAUCAUAGGCGGAGGAGGAUCGAGCUUUGGUGUGGUGGUAGCAUACAAAAUCCGAACAGUUCGUGUACCGGAGACGGUAACGGUGUUCAGAGUCGGAAGAACAUUGGAAGACAAUGACGUGACCGAGAUUGUCGAUCAAUGGCAACGGGUAGCGCAUGUGAUCGACAAAGAUUUGUUCAUAAGGGUCACGUUCGAUGUUGUGAAUGGAAGUAAGAGUGGGAAGAAGACAUUGAGAGCUACGUUCAUUGCGUUGUUCCUUGGAGACUCCGAAAGGCUUUUGUCUGUCAUGAACAAGAGCUUCCCUAAAUUGGGUUUGAAGAAAUCAGAUUGUCUUGAAAUGAGUUGGCUUCAAUCAGUGCUGUUUUGGACAAAUUUCCCUCAAGGAACAUCGGUGGAUGAACUACUUUCCCGAACGCCACAAGUCCUGACCCAUCUGAAACGGAAGUCCGACUACGUGAAAACCCUAAUUCCAAAGGAAAAACUCAACCAAAUAUGGAAGAAAAUGAUAGAACUUGAGAAACCCACGAUGACAUUCAACCCAUACGGCGGAAGAAUGGCGGAGAUCCCUUCAAACGCCACACCAUUUCCCCACAGAGCUGGCAACCUAUGGAAGAUCCAAUACGCAACCAAUUGGGAUGAACAAGGCACCCAACAAGCCAACCAUUUCAUAGACUUGACAAGGAAACUCUACAAGUUCAUGACACCAUUUGUGGCUAAGAACCCAAGAACUGCGUUCUUGAACUAUAGAGAUCUUGAUAUUGGUGUUAACCAUAAUGGGAAGAGGAGUUACUAUGAAGGGAGGGUUUUUGGUAUCAAAUACUUUGAAGGCAACUUUGAUAGGUUGGUUAAGAUCAAGACUAAGGUUGAUCCUCAUAACUUUUUUAGAAAUGAACAAAGUAUUCCUAGGUUUCCAUAGGUUGGAAGAUAGAAGAUGAUUUGAUUUUAAUGCAAUAAAGGUGAGUCGGGUUUGAAACUCUAAUCUCAUAAAUAUGUAAUUCAUGUCGAUACUUU